AUGACAUUCAACCAAUCGCUCCGUGAAGCCGCCACCAGUGUACGGUCCAGUGCCGCCCCCGCGGUGCAGCUGCCAAAUCUGUCCGUGCCACCGCCCAUGUUCCCGGUGCCUCCUCCGAAACGGACCUUGUUGCCACCACCACAGUACCUGGCCACGGUGCCACCACCGACUCUGGCACCGUUGAACGUGCCGCCACCAACAGCUACCUUGCAUGUGAGGCCUCAUUUACUAACCCAUGGCAGACCAUUUGUGGCAAAUGCUGACUACGUCAAGCCCAACAACAACAGGGUUACAUGUAACACAGUGGUGCCCCUGCAAGUGUUGCGGCUGCCGCCUCCGCCCCCGCCUGAUGAGCCGGAGCCACCAGCGCCACCGGUGACGAGAGCGAGAAUGGCAGCUGCUCAGAGGCCACCCCCUACCCUUACUCCCAUACAGAGGGCUGCACCCACUGCACAGAGGGCUGCACCUACGACUGCUGAACUUCCUCAAGAGCCAACACAAGCUACUGAACCUUCUGUUGACACAGCUGGUGGGAAAGACAUAAGUGUCAUGACUACUGGAGCAGCUCCAGAGAUAAACAAAGCAUCCUCUGGUGACACUAAACCUACAGCUACUGUGGCUAAUGCAGCAACGAUUGAGCCUCCUAGUGAAAGUGUGAAAUCGGAAAUACAAGGUGCGGACAUGAAGGUUGCAACUGCCGCUGAUGUUACCUUGGAGUGCGCUGCUCAGCCUGUUACAGAGUCAGUCGCUGAAACUGUGGCGGUGAAGCCAUUAGAGCCAACAACACAAGCUGAAGCCUGUGCCUCACAGUCUCAUGAACCUCAGAACGUGGCAGUGCCUGAAGAUAUUGCUCCGAUAUCUCCUGACAGUUCGCCUGCCAUAAGCAGUGCUGCCACUGCUUUGGAGAGUGCUGCUGAGCCAGUUACAGAUCCAAGCAAUGAAGCUGUAGCAGCGAAGGCAUCGGAACCAACCACACAAGGUGAAGCCUUGCAGUCGCAUGAACCUCACAAUGCGACACUGCCCGAAAGUAUUGCUCCGAUAGCUUCUGGCAGUUCUCCUUCCAUGAGCAGCACUGCCAUUGCAUUGGAGAGGGCUGCUCAGACUGUUUCAGAGUCUGUCACUAAAGCUGUAGCAGUGAAGGCAUCGAACCAACCAUACAAGCCUGAGGAUUUUUCGCCAAGUGAGAAUGUGACUGCAAACUUCAGUGUGAAUGACAAGGCUAACACUGUUGAAGAUGUGUCCAAAGCUGAAAAUGGGGCAGAGAAUGUUGUGCAAAGUUCAGGUAUUUUAGGAGGCGAGACAUCGAUUGCAGUAGACCAGAAUGUCGAGGGAGAUUCGUGUUCCAGUGGUGCCACAGAAAUCGAGGAAGACAUUUCUGGCAGAAUGGAAGUCAACUACGGAGACAGUGAGGAACCGUUUAUUGGAGAGGAUAAAACGUUUCACGAAGAGACCGGGAUGCUCGCUACUGAAAGGGGAGAGUUGGACAUGGUCACUGAAGGGCUCACUGCCGCAGAUAUGUUGGAAAAAGACAUCUCAA